CGCGGACGAGCUCCGGCAUUCCGCUACUUCUCGCUUAUCUUCGGCCCGGACGCCAACCUGGGCCUUUGCUUCUGCGGCAUGCACAAUGCCUGCUCGCUGCUCACACAAACGGGAGGGAUUACACGUAUCUCCCAGCACUGUGCCAUCCUAGCCACUCUGUACACCGCUGAACGCCCCCGGCCAGGCUGCCGUGGAUGUGAUUCUCACCUCCUCCUGCACUUUGCCCCGCUGUGUCGUGAUCUGCACUCGGCACAUCACGCCCGUCACUCACCGUGCAGCCUGACUCCAUGUCUCGCGGUAGCCUCUGCCGGGAUCGAGCACUCGACGUGA